AUGGUAGCGUUGGUGAAAGGUUGUCUGAGGAAUUUAUUGGGUAAUGCUAAAUUGAAUAGGGAAGAACUGUUGACGACAUUAGUUGAGAUAGAAGGUACGUUAAACUCCAGAUCAUUGACGUAUGUGUACGAUGAUGAAGUUAUUGUGGAUGUACUGACUCCUUCCCAUCUCAUAUUUGGAAGACGAUUAGCAUCUAUUCCUGACAAGGAAGUUCAAAAUGUUAUUAGGGAUGAAGAUGAAGGAGAGAUAAAACGUAGGUUUAGAUAUUUAGCGAGAUUGAGGACGUAUUUUUGGUCAAGGUGGAGGAAGGAGUACUUAACAAAUUUAAGAGAGUACCAUAAGGUCGGAAAAGGGAAGGGUAGUUCUUGUCCAAAAAGAGGUGAUGUCGUUCUUGUUUUUGACGAAGGUUUAAAAAGAAGGUUUCGGAAAACAGCGAGAAUUGAGAGAUUAGUCGUAGGAAAGGAUGAUAUAGUCAGAGGAGCAGAAGUCAGAGUUGUCAGUAAAUGA